AUUGGGGAUUGGAAUGUCCUUGGAAGCAUUCUGGAAGAAAUCCACACUCACUCUACUAUGAUUGGAAAGAUCUGGCUUACCAUCCUUGAAUAUGGUGAAACAUUCAUAUUCCGAAUUCUUGUUCUGGGUAUUGCAGAAGAAGAUGUCUGGAACGAUAAGCAGUCAAGUUUCAUUUGUAAUAUAGAACCUGGCUGCAGAAAUUUGUGUUAUGACCAGGCUUUUCCUAUAUUACUCUAGAUAAAAAUUGGGUUUUACCUGAUGCCAACAACAGCGAUUAUGCGAAAAAAAAUUUUAGAGGUGAUUUUUGUGUCUUCACCAUCUCUGGUUUAUAUGGGCCAUGCUUUAUACCAACUGAGCAUUCUGGAGAAAGAAAGGCAGAGGAAGAAAGCUCAACUGCGAGGAGAACUAGAGGAGGAAAGUUUUGAAACGUCUGUUGAACAGAGAAAACUGGAGCAAAAAAUUUGCAAGAUAAUAAAUAAACUAAAUAAAGCCCCUUUUAGAGGAACCUUGCUUUGUACUUAUGUGACACAUAUUACUGUGGUUGAACUUGGGUUUAUAGUUGGACAGUAUAUUUUAUAUGGAUUUCAUGUGCAGCCUUUAUUUAGAUGUCAUGGUUAUCCAUGUCCAAAUAAUUGUUUCAUUUCAAGGCCAACUGAAAAGAUAUUUAUGCAAUCCAUAGCCACUGUUUCACUUUUCUGAAAUAUUCUAGAAAUUUUCUACCUAGGUUUAGAGAAGAUUAAAAGAGGGCUUUGGGGGCAAUAUAAAUUGAAGACGGACACAAUAAAUUCUUUUCACACAAACAAGUCAAAACAAACUUUUGCCAAAUAUCAGAGUAUGCAUGCAAGUCCAUUGAAGCAAUUCUCUUCUGUUACACACACACACACACACACACACACACACACACACACAGCAGUACUCAUUAGUUUAAAUUCACCUGCAUUUCAGUCAGAUCCUGAUACACAGAGUGCAAAUGAUGAGAGAUGCAUUAUGGACAAACAAGAAGCAGUAUCUUUUAUUGAGAGGAGAAAAAGAGACAUUGAAAGCAAAGAAAACAAAAGGAAUGACUAUACUAGAAGUCACUGUUCUAUGUCAGGAGUCCCUACAAACCUGGAAAACUCCUUGAAGCAGUCAUCUCAAACCACUUUCUCUUGGCCCCUUCAUUGCAUGUGGAAACCAAAGUGGCUUCCUGAUACAUGGGCUUCCUCUACAGAACAUGAAAAUUAGGUGUCUCCUCCUAAGGAUAACGUCAAGGGCUAGUUCAGAAGGGGCAUAUUCAGAACACUUCCUCCUUUACAGGCACAUUUCCAACUACUUGACAUUCCAGGAAUUCCAGAUUCUUUGAGAGAAUUGUCUUUCAAAUCUCAGCUGGUCAGAACCUGUAUGAAUUCUACUUCUAGUCUUUCAAAUAACUCAUCAUUGCAGACAAAACCACAUUGGUAG